AUGGUGGUGAUUAUACAUGCAGUGCUGAUUGCUGCUUUGGCUACAGUCGUUUUUGGACAACCUGCUAAACUGCCCACAAUUAAACCGCCUGCUAAACCGUUCACAGUCAGUACAAAUGGUCGAUGUGGACCCCAUACUGGCACCACAUGUCCAGACAACAGUUGCUGCUCUCAAUCUGGACGAUGUGGACUUUCCCCUGACCAUUGUGGAACAGGUUGUCAAAAACCCUUUGGAACUUGCUGGAAAACUACCGUGUCGCCUGUCUUGGGUGACGAGUAUGCAGUCAGUAUAAACGAUCGAUGUGGACCAGAAUACAAAACUAGGUGUCCUGACGAUAAAUGUUGCUCUCGGAAUAGAUUCUGUAGUGCCGAUGAUGACUAUUGUCGAGACGGAUGUUUGUUUGGAUACGGACUCUGUCUUGAAGUUUCUGACCCCACUACUUUACCCAACGGUCUUACAAUUGGUCGCCGCCAAUGUGGACCAGACAUCGGUGUCAAAUGUGCCGGAUCGAGUUGCUGCUCCAAAGACGGGAAAUGCAACCGUAAUGAACAUCAUUGUCACGCAAACUGUAUGGAGGGAUACGGAGUUUGCUGGGACAAUAGCGUGCCAUUCAGUUUAGAGAGCGGGUUUCCAAUGUCCAGAAACGGUCGAUGUGGAAAAGAGUUUGGCACCAAAUGCGAUUCCAAUCAUUGCUGCUCCAAAGAUGGGGAAUGUGGAUCCGAUGAGGACUAUUGUGAAGCAGGCUGUCAAAAAGGAUACGGACGUUGUUGGAAAUACAGCCCAACAACUUAUGCAGAGGGCGAGGCUCCGCGCGAUCUGAAUAAUAAGUGUGGGCAAGAUCUCGGUGGUAUGAGUUGUAGGAACAACCAAUGCUGCUCCAGAAGUCAAUACUGUGGAACCUCGGACUAUUAUUGUGGAAUAGGAUGUAUUCGCGGAUUUGGAACUUGCCUAGGAAUUAACCCACCAAGAGAUGGACCUUAUCUCAGCAUAAACGGUCAGUGCGGAGUAGAUCUCGAUACUGUAUGUCCAGGCGCGCAAUGCUGCUCUAAAAAUGGAGUCUGUGGAACAACUAAAGGUUAUUGUGGAAGGGAAUGUCAGAGAGAUUAUGGAGUUUGUUGGGGUGGUGAUACACCACCCUAUAGAGCACAACCACCACCACCAGCCAAAUUACCACCACCCAGAUCACCAGCACCAGCACCAGCACAACCAAAAGCAUCAGCACCAGCACCAAAAACUGACUAUCCAAUUAGUGCAGAUGGUCGAUGUGGAGAAGGAUUCAACACCAAAUGUCCAGGCAAAGAAUGCUGUUCUGGAAAGGGAUUCUGUGGAAAAACACCUUCUCAUUGUGGAGUAGACUGCCAGAAAGGCUAUGGAUCUUGCUUGACACCCGAAGCACUAGCCAGGUUAUUGGCCAAAUCAUCAGCAUCAGCACCAGUACAACCAAAAGCACCAGCACCAAAAACUGACUAUCCAAUUAGUAAAGACAAUCGAUGUGGAGAAGGAUUCAACACCCAAUGUCAAGACAAAAUAUGCUGCUCUAAACAUGGAUUCUGUGGAAAAACACCUUUCCAUUGUGGAGAUGGUUGCCAGAAAGGCUAUGGAUCUUGCUUGACACCCGAAGCACUAGCCAGGUUAUUAGCUAAAUCAUCAGCAUCAGCACCAGUACAACCAAAAGCACCAGCACCAAAAACUGACUAUCCAAUUAGUAAAGACAAUCGAUGCGGAGAAGGAUUCAACACCAAAUGUCCAGACAGGACAUGUUGCUCUGGAAGUGGAUUCUGUGGAAAGACUAAAUCUCAUUGUGGAGAUGGCUGCCAGAAAGACUAUGGAUUCUGCCUGAAGCCUGAAGCAUUAGCCAGGUUAAGAGGCGAGUUGUAA